AUGAACUCAGCCGCGUCUGGAAUGUCGGUUAUCUCUUUCGAUACAGAGGCGAAAGCUUCAUUCAAGUGCCAAACGUGUGCCAAGUCGUUCAAGCGGAGGGAGCACCGAACUCGCCAUGAGCAAAGCCGUUUGUCACUUCCAAAACCAUAUGCGUGCCGGGUCUGCAAACGCCGCUACUCUCGCAGUGAUCUUGUUGCUCGGCAUGAAAGAACUAUUCACGCAUCGGAAAUGCUGCCCAAGGUGACAGCGAUAUAUGAUUCCACGACAGAAGAGACCCCAAGCCCAGUCCCUCCGAUUGUUUUCCACAAUAGCACCAGCAUUCAAGACGAAAACAUACUGGACCCGAGUCACUUGUCGACGACUAAUAUUUUUUCCGAGGCCGAGGCAAAUGUCUUUGACGAGAUAUCUUUAGACUUCUUCGACCCAUUCCUUGGUAACAUGUUUGAUCAAUUCGCUUUCUCCGCGCCAUUGGAGUUCCAGGCAUCUCACAAUGACCAAUGCAGCACGACAACUGUGUCUGCCCUGACAGCAGGAACUGCACUUGAGAAACAACGCACAAGCCAAAGCAUGUCAAAGCACAGCCAGCAAUGCAUCCCGCAAAUCAUGAGCCCCUCGCCCACGCAAAGUGAGCCCAAAAUUCUAUUUACCAGCGAUAUGCGGGACAGUUGCCUCGUAGAUUUGCAGUCUCGCCUUUUACCAGACCAAUUAAGGCGCUUUCAAUUACCAGACACAGCAUGCCUGCAGAGAUGCAUCGACAGCUAUAUCAAAGCAUUUCACAUCCAUUUUCCCUUCCUGCAUCUGCCUACUCUUGACCUAGGAGCUGCUCCAAGCUCGCUGACUCUGGCUAUUUGCACGAUAGGCGCUCUUCACCGGCUUGAAAGAAGACUUGCGGCAUCUCUAUAUUUCACAGCCGAGCUUGCCCUUACAAACUCCGACUCUGAUAGUCGGCUGACUUGCUCAUCACUUCUGCAGGAUUGGGCGAGGCCUCGCAACUCACCUCCGCCGGUGGAGAUUCCACCGCUCGCGCUAGCUCAAGCACGCCUAAUACUUGUAUUCUAUGCCGCUUUCAGCGCUAUCCCACCUCAUGCAAUGGCCUUGACGGGAUACAAUCAUCGUUUUGCUGACAUUCAUUUCUUUAAGGACUUUCAUUUGAGCAUGUCCCGCGUCAGACCUGACUCUUUGAUAUUAAACUCGAUUGACUGGCGUUCAUGGGCUGAGCGCGAAUCAUUGAAGCGCUUAUCGUGCAGCACCUUAGUACUCGGCAACCUACUUUCAAUGACAUACGGGAUAUCACCAGGCUUCACAGCACAGGAAGAGCGCAAUAUCGAGAUGCCAGUGGACGACGCACUAUGGGAUGCCCCAACGGCUUCUUCCUGGGAGGCACUCGCGCAGGGCAGAUCGUGCUCUUCACCUCUAGGUCUCCAGGAAGCUACCGCCUCAUUCUUUAUGAACACAAGCCAACGACAAAAAGCCGAUAGCCGCUGGACAUGGUCGCCCUUUGCAGCGUCUGUUGUAAUGCACAGCGUUGCCAUAUCGGUUUGGUACCUUAAUCAAGGCCAGCAGGCCUGCUAUGGAUCAACAGGAAAUCCCCAAGAGGGUAACAGGCCUGGAGCUGCGCGAAUCGAGGCUGCUCUGUCACGAUGCAGGGAUUUCUUGACUGCCGCGCAUACUGAAAAUGAGGGCAAUUGGAGCGAUACUGAUAACCCAUUGCUUUUCAACGCCUUCGCUGUCCUACGUGUCGCCUAUGGGCGAGCCUUCUUCGGCGUCCAAACUCUAGAUCGCUCCAUUCUGUUUCACGAGAGGAGUCAGGACAUGCUGCCCAUUAUAGAGCAAUAUUUCAACCAGGUCCAAGAAAGGGAUAAUUUCAUCACGAUGGCGGUUACUCGAGCACUUGAGGGAUUUGCCAUCCCCAUCCGGACAGGAAUGUUACUUAUGCAAAAGACAGCCGCUUUCAAAUGGAGUGUGGAACAUGCUCUAGCUGCUUGGGAUGCUGGCCUUCUGGUUACAAAAUGGGUGUACACGAUUGAACGGCUUCAAAAAUCAGGCAACGCAGUGACCACCGAAGAAGGUCAGGUCCUGGACAAUAUCAGGCGGCUUUUCAAAGAGAUUGAUAUGGACUUUUCUCAGGGCUUCUCACUUUCUGCAGAGCUUGCACGGAUAUGGGCAAGCCUUUUUGAUGAUACGUGGGUUUGGGGAGGUAACUAUGAAUCCAUGGGAGAGACUCGUAUGUGUUGGCUGACAGGUGUUGUGAGUAGUCGCACCACGAAUCGGCUGGGUUCUGCGUCAAUUAGCCACCAUGUUUGA